UCCGGAGGCUCCCGCUGGGUCUCCGAGCGCUGAGAGCCGGGCCGGACGGGCGCGCGCGCGCGGGCUGGGCCGGCGGGGAGCGCGCCGGCCGCGGGCAGCUCGAGGGGUCCGGCGGGGCGGCGGGGGCAGCGGGACCAGUCCGCCGACGACCCGGCGCCGCGAUGGCCGAGGGCAGCGCCGUGUCCGACCCUCAGCACGCCGCGCGUCUGCUGCGAGCCCUCAGCUCGUUCCGCGAGGAGUCCCGCUUCUGCGACGCGCACCUGGUCCUCGACGGGGAGGAGAUCCCGGUGCAGAAGAACAUCCUGGCGGCGGCCAGCCCGUACAUCAGGACAAAAUUAAACUAUAAUCCUCCAAAAGAUGAUGGAUCAACCUAUAAGAUUGAACUUGAAGGGAUAUCGGUAAUGGUUAUGAGAGAGAUCCUGGAUUACAUCUUCAGUGGGCAGAUCCGGCUGAAUGAAGAUACAAUCCAAGAUGUUGUACAGGCAGCAGACUUGCUCCUGCUGACGGAUCUUAAAACUCUGUGCUGUGAGUUUUUGGAAGGCUGCAUCGCCGCUGAGAACUGCAUUGGCAUCCGCGACUUUGCACUCCACUACUGCCUGCACCAUGUCCAUUACCUUGCCACAGAAUACCUGGAGACUCAUUUCCGAGAUGUCAGCAGCACAGAAGAAUUCUUAGAACUCAGUCCUCAGAAGCUUAAAGAAGUGAUUUCUCUCGAGAAGUUAAAUGUUGGCAACGAAAGAUAUGUGUUUGAAGCAGUAAUUCGAUGGAUAGCACAUGAUACAGAACUAAGAAAGGUCCACAUGAAGGACGUGAUGUCAGCACUGUGGGUUUCAGGGUUAGAUUCCAGCUACUUACGGGAACAGAUGCUCAAUGAACCAUUAGUACGAGAAAUUGUCAGAGAGUGCAACAACAUACCACUGAGCCAGCCACAGCAAGGGGAGGCCAUGCUGGCAAACUUCAAGCCCCGGGGCUACUCUGAGUGCAUUGUGACUGUUGGUGGAGAAGAAAGAGUUUCACGGAAACCAACAGCAGCGAUGCGAUGUAUGUGCCCUCUUUAUGACCCUAAUAGGCAGCUUUGGAUUGAACUGGCCCCUUUAAGCAUGCCAAGAAUUAACCACGGAGUUCUCUCAGCAGAGGGAUUCUUGUUCGUAUUUGGGGGCCAAGAUGAAAAUAAGCAGACCCUGAGCUCAGGAGAAAAAUAUGACCCGGAUGCAAAUACAUGGACGGAAUUGCCACCAAUGAAUGAGCCACGACAUAAUUUUGGAAUUGUGGAGAUAGAUGGCAUGCUGUACAUUUUAGGAGGAGAGGAUGGUGAAAAAGAGCUAAUUUCCAUGGAGUGUUAUGACAUUUAUUCCAAAACCUGGACAAAGCAACCUGAUUUGACCAUGGUUAGAAAGAUCGGCUGCUAUGCAGCUAUGAAAAAGAAAAUCUAUGCCAUGGGUGGAGGAUCAUAUGGAAAGCUCUUCGAAUCUGUGGAAUGUUAUGACCCAAGGACCCAGCAGUGGACUGCUAUCUGUCCGCUAAAGGAGAGAAGAUUUGGAGCUGUGGCCUGUGGAGUGGCCAUGGAACUGUACGUGUUUGGGGGAGUCAGAAGUCGUGAGGACAUCCAGGGGAGUGAGAUGGUCACGUGCAAGUCGGAAUUCUAUCAUGACGAGUUUAAAAGGUGGAUCUAUCUUAACGACCAGAACUUAUGCAUCCCUGCCAGUUCCUCUUUCGUUUAUGGAGCUGUACCCAUAGGAGCCAGUAUUUAUGUUAUUGGAGAUCUUGAUACAGGUACCAAUUACGACUAUGUGCGUGAGUUUAAAAGAAGCACAGGAACCUGGCACCACACCAAACCACUCCUUCCAUCUGACCUUCGCCGCACGGGGUGUGCAGCCUUACGCAUUGCAAAUUGCAAGCUUUUCCGCCUACAGCUUCAGCAAGGCUUAUUCCGUAUCCGUGUUCAUUCACCUUGAGGAGAAAACAGAGCAGAAGCAGAGCUCCUGACCAAGCGCACCAUAACACGGCUUUCUGCGAGGGGAACAGAGGUGGCAGCCGAAACUUGCUCUGUGUGCCGGGCUUUGUAUGGUAACUGGUGGUUUUACUAUAAUGCUUAGAAGCCUGAGCUUCCACUCUCGUUUGGGAGAACCUGUAACUGUUGAAAAAGCUAACUUUGAGGAAUCUGUUCCUCCAGUUAGAUGUGUCUGCAGACAAACAGGCUAGUAAAUGUCAAAAGGAGAAGGGAAGUGGGAAUUGGUAUCAUGUAAAAUAGUGAAGUUAAAAUACUAGGGUGCAUUUUUCCUGAAGGGAACUCCUAUCUGAGUGACUGCUGUGUUCUAGUACCUGGCUUUGGUAAACAAACAAAAAUCCAUAUAUGCAAAUCAACAUAUCCAAACUACCAAGAUUGCUUUUCUACUGCACCUGGAAGGAAAUAUCACACCUAACCCUGCCCGACAAAUUAAGGUUUGUGCCUAAAAUGUUAGAUUGGACUGUAUGCCGGUUAGUCUCCAUUAACUACUAGUACUGUGUCCUAAGAAUCUUUUUUAAACUAUAUUAUCAUGAAUUGAAACUAAGAUAAAAUUUCUCUUUUAUGACAUUCUAUCUUAGUCAUCUAAAGGUUCAAUAAAUUAAUGAGUCAGGUUGCCCUCUUGUGAACUGAAGGGGAAAUUGCUAACUUCUGUGUUGAUUCAGGUGGGUCUUGCCAUAGUUUCUGGGGUAGUUCUCUUGGAGUUGUGAAGGAUCUCAUGCAGUGCCAUUCUUCCUUGCAAAUAAUUAGAACCAUUUUAUAAACACGAGGUUAUUAAACAGAAUAGGAGAUUUUCUAGAAGAAAGACCUAAGUCAGACAAAUAAUAAAGAUCUAUGACUACAAAAACUGUCCAGACAAAAUAUAUAGGGAUCAAAACCUUCAAUCUGUCUGAAAGCACACAAAGUCUUGUUUACUCCUGUUUGAGAUUGAAAACUUGUCUUAGAACGCAUACCUGUGUUAAGAAUCUAGUCUUUAUAACAGAAUUUUCUCAAUGCCGUUCACUAGCAAGAGUUUUAGACAAAUUACAUUAUAAGUAAAGUUUGGCUGGUAGAAUAAACUACCUCAACUUAAUUUCAUUCUGUUCAUAGUAGAGCAAAUUCAUCUCUUCCUCCGCCUCUGCUCUUCUAUAGCUCUCCUGUGUCACCCCACACUACCCCACUUCCCACUGAGGGAAAAGGUCUGUCAUUAGUAGCACUUACCUUGUAAGAUACUUUGUUUUCCAUUCAAAUUAUGCCACCUUAGUGUGCAGUCGGGGACUUCAAAGUGCUUGAUGAUGUCAUAAUUUGAAUUUUAUGCAAUAUCAGAUUUCUAAUCAAUUUAAUACCAAACUCUUCAUUUCUGAUUGUUUUCUACAGCUUUUUCCCCCCUCUUGGUAAAUGGCUAGAAGAAGCAGUAUUUUGUCUUAAUGAUUAAUAAAUGUAUAAAUGUAUCAUUUGGUUAUAAAUUUGAGAAUAGGAGUUUCUUCUGGAAACUUCCUAGAUGAAAUGCUUGUAUAUUGUUAAAAACAUGCUUAUGAAACAUCGCUUAUAUUUCCCCACCCAUGAACAGAAAAAAAGGAUAACCCCCAUCUGCAGUUUUUUUUCUUACACCUGUUAGGAGUCAGUACAAUGCUAUAAACGUUGCUGGAAGAAGCCUUGCCUGUGGGGGUUCUAAAAACUGUUAUGUGUGGCAGAAAGUACUGGUAAAAGAAGGCGUGCAGUGUUUAUCUUCUAGAUCAGAGGCAGUAGGCCAGAUUUGCCACACAUUCAUGUAUCACAGCCGAAUUCGAUGUAUAAAGCAAAGUUGACCUUUUUUCUUUGUAUUGUGUACCAGUCAGCUGUAGUCUGCACACUGUCCCAGCAAUGCCUGGGGUAUCUUUUCAUCAAAGCAAGCCAUAUGGCCACUGCAAAGAAAGGAAACUUCUUUUUUUCAAUUAGAUACUCAUUUUCUAGGGGAAGCAAAUUGCUGGAAAAGUUAACUUUCUUGGGUAACCUAUCCUGUGUGGAACAGAACCUUGGCCUUCAGAAGUUGCAGCUGAGGUACAUGAAAGCAGUGACUGAUGUCCUAUGAAAGCCAUGACAGUCAGCAACUCUCUCUGUUUAAUUUCUGAAGUUUAAAACUUUCCAGUCUACGCCAGGCCUCUCCAAGGAGACAAUUCAUUGUUGAGGAGUGAAUGGGUCGCUAUUGCAAUAUUUACAGUGCCUGCAUGACUUGGUGAAUUCAUUUUAUAAAAACAGUUCAUUUUUAGUUUUUUAUUCUGUUCAUUGACACGGUAGCUGCAGAAAUUUAAGUAAUGUUUUUUACAAUAAAUUUGCCACAUAAUAUGGGAUGCUAUAACCAACAGAAGCUGCUAAGUGCCAAACUGUUAUUUUCAUAUAUAUGUGAAAUAUAUAUGAAAAAAUAUAUAUAUAUUAUGUUGAAGUGUAGGAAUAUAUUUAAUUUUAUUAUGUUCCAAAAUUAAUCAUGACUUUUUUUGUAAAUGAUAUUUACUUCAGUAUUGUGAAAUAAAUUUUAACUCAUUUCAUGCAGGUUCGCUUUAACGUUCCACUUAUGCCUUGAAACAUCUUUUCUUGAUAAAUUUUUAAUACUUCUUUAUCAUAGGCACUUUUACCGGGUGUAGGUUGGAAUUGGCAGUUGAGGACAGAUCUUAAAAUUUUAAAUAAAAUAAUUUUGGGGGAAGUGCAAUGUAUUUUCAUUAACCUGCCAACAGAAGGAAAGUUGUCUCAGGUUAGAGUCAAUGAAUAUUUAAAGGAUCUCUCCUAGGCUACAGUCUACAGUAGGCUUGUUUGUUUGUUUGUUUGUUUAAUGCAUCCAAAUAUAGAUUUUUCGAAGAGGUAAGUGUUUAAUUUAAAAUGAAGUGGUUUUUUUUUUUUGUGAGCGUGUGAUAGUGUGAUAUCCUGUGAGAGGGAGAGAAUGUGUGUGUUAUGUGUCUUGGUAAGUUUGUUUAUAUAUGUUUACUUUUUAAAUUGUAGUUCCAAACUACAUAUAUUACUGUCUCCUGGUGCUUCAGAUAAAUUCUUGAGCCCGUGGCCCUUCAGUUUAUACUACUAUGUUAAGCUCACAUCAGGUAUAAAUAUCCAUAGCGUUGUGGUUUGUAGUAAGUUUUACUUGAUGUUUGCAUUUCUUUACUGGGAUUAAAAACAGUGUUUACCAACUAGUACAGUUGGUAGACUGUAAAGAUUUGGCCUAAGAAAUUUUUAAGUUCAUUGUUUAUUUCAUUAGUUCUUUUUUUCAUUGCUGUGAGGAAUUGAUAGCUAACAGUAGGCUUUGCUCAAACUGCAACAAUCCAGAGAGAAUAUAUGAGUGAUGAUAUUCUUUGUACUGAAGUGUCUUGUUAUAUUGCACUACCACUUCAAUAAUGCUUUGAAGGUGCCAUUUUUAUAAUUUUUUUGGGGGGGGGAAUAUCCUCAGGCAAUAUACAGGAAACACAUCCUUAUAUUGACCUGGUAAAGAUAGGGCUGUCUUUGCUAUGGCACCUUCUUAUUCAUGGUAGUAAGCUAGGUUUUUAGAGAAAUUCUUUAGCUGCCUUGGUCCAUUGGGGUUCCAUUUGGUGCAUUCUGACUUCAGUGGACCAAACCAAAAAGUUUUCAAAGGAGUACUAAAAACACUGCAGUGUUACCUUCUUGUUGGUCUUCUUAAUUCCAGAGGAGUCUCCUGUGGUCAGAUGAAGACAUUUGAUUAUCUGGGGAAAGAAUGAGGUGGCCCUUUGCAUGAAUUUAAAAGGCACUGGAACCCCCUUAAAAAGCACCUGGUGGAAGGGUAGGGUGAGACUGCUCUCUUUCUGCGGCUGCCCCUCAUGUGUGUGAGCCUUGGGGGGAACCAGGGAGAGUGGAGACUCCAAUUAGUGUGAAAAAGCUGCCCUGGAUUUAAUCAGCAAAUGCUUCUAGAGCACCCACUAAGAAUUCUAUUUGGAUUUCUGGGGAGCUGUCAUGCUGCCAUCCCUCUAGAUCAUAAACUCCUUGUGGGCAGCAACCCUGUCUUGGCCAUCUGCUAAUCCCAGUGCUUGGCACACAGCAGGUAGUCAAUAAAUGGUUGGCCAGUGCAUAGUACCCUUGUAAUCAAAGCAGUGUUCUUCACAGGAUUGAGAAGUUCUCUCAUGAGCAAUUUAUUUUGCUGGAUUUUAGAUGAGAAACUUUGUACACAGACUGGCUUCAUAUUAUAGAGUGAGAAACUAAUACAGAAUUUAAAAAAUGCAAAAAGUGCCUGACAUAUGGACUCAGAAUUUGGUGGUCUCCAAAUGUUCUGUAAGAUUUGGUGGUGGUGAGGGGGGGACCCUAUACUCAGCACAUCUAAUGCCAUUUAUCACAUUUAAUGUUGGGUUUUAUUUAUUGUUUUUUAUAUAUGGCUCCAAGUCUUUCCCAUAAUAAACUGCUUUGAUCCUCACGUUCCUGCAAUGGGUGCAGUGCCCUCCACCACCCCCCUCAUUGGACAGAGAGCAGUCUCUGAGGCCCAGUAGGUACGGCUUCAUUUCCACCUCUCACAUGAGUAGAAACCAGAAGCAGAAUCCGGGUCUUUCUAUUAUCAUUUCACCGUUCAGCCUUUGAGACUACCACUUAAUUUUCUAGGCAUACAAGUAUUUUUAUUCAUAAAAUAAUCAUUUGUGGCAUAACAUAAGCCUCCAAAUAUGUCCUUUUAUAAGUUACACAGAUGUAAGCUGAAAGAUCUUUGGUUUUCUUUCCGUUAGCUAUAGGAAAUUUAAGAAUUUAUUAAGGUCGUGAGAACAGAAGUACUAAGUGUAUUUUAUGGAGAAGCAGUUCUUACUUUUAAAAAUCUGGAGCUUUAUUUUAUACUGCUUUUCUUACCACGUCUGAUCAGUAAGGGAGAAGAGAUUGUGUCUUAGAAUGCUGGAGAAAGUAUUUUGGUAACCUUCUAACAACCCCUGAAGUACUCUGUUUAGUCAGUUCAGGAAUUACAGAAAUGUAUGGUAUAAAGGUGAGGGAUGACCCACUUGCCCAUAACCAGAGAAUAUGAAAUCAGGUUGAGGUUUUGCUGCCUCUUGGAGGUAAAGUCAAUAGUAUUGAAAGGUAGACUUUUCCUUUUUUGCACACCAACUGGUAAAACUUUUUAAACUUUUCUAUUUUUUGGAAGUGAUUCUAUUUUUAAUCUUAAAUCAAUCUCAGCUUUGUCUCAUGACAGUCAUUGUGUUUAUGUGAUAUCUGAGGAACUCAGUUAUGACUCUGUUCUUUCGUCUAAGGGCAUACCUUUGAGGAAGGCUUGCUCACGUUUGGUUCUGAUACUGAAGUUCUCUAAGUGAUUGGGUCUUUAAGCUUCUCCUCUUCCUCACCACGUCAUAUACCUGAUAGAUAAAAUGACAUUGCCUAAUUACCUAGAGGGAAAUACCUGUCGCCUUCUCUUUUCUUUUUUUGAGAUAAAAACUAAUACUUUAAAAUUGCUGCUCAGCCGAAAUUUGGGCUAAUUAUAAUUUUUAAUAUUGGCGUCCUUAUGGUCCAACCUAGCUGCCAUAAAUUCCUCAGUCACUGUGAUCUGCGUUAGAGAAGUGAUGAGCCGGAGGGAGGAAGGCAGUGCACACAGCCUGGGUAUACACUGCAUUAAGGUAACGAGGAGAAAGAUCAGGCCUUCCAUGUGACUUGUAUAAAUACGUGGCCACUUAAGAUAAUUCAGAUCCCAAGUAGAUGCAGGUUCAACUUUCUUUCUGGUCAGCAGAUUAUAUUUAUUAGACCUUUAUUUUUGGUGUUUCCACAAAAAUCAUAGGUUUUAAAAUGCCUUAUUUUUAUUGUUCCUACUCAUCAAUUACAGAUAAGACCUAUGUUAGAACCUUGGAUUGAAUUUUUUCCAGUUAAACCUGUGAACUUGGUAUAAAUAUGACUAUAUGUAGCUCACUUUAUCAUGUUUCCUGUUUAAUUGGAUGAGAAUUACAUGCACUUAUUCCCUUGUUCUUUGUGUUUAUAGGAAAAACUCUGUUCUCAGCUACCUCAUUAUGUAGUGUUGUGCUUGAUCCCCUGCCAAUUUAGGAGAAUUCAACACAUUCUGUCCUUUAACAAAAGCCUGGAAGCAAGCAGCGGGUGGCCUUGAGGAAUACAAUUCUCUAAGGCAUGUUUUCCAUUUUACUACCUUUUUUUUUUUUUUUAAAUAGGCACUUUUAAUCAGGAGGAACAAUCAUUCUCCUAGAGCUGCUGCAAAAUGAUUACUUGAAACUCAACUUGAACUUUAAAGAGUCUUUAAGAGACUAUGUUUUCAUAACGUAGGAAAGUAGUACAUUUAAACUGCACUGCUGUGUAAGACAGAGGGCUCACUCCCCAUCCUGCUAUGGUCAGAUAGGAGGUGUCUGUGGAAUCUGACCUAGAAUAUGGAGCUCAGAUGGUUGGGGCUACUGUGUUUCAUGGUCUGCAAGGUGCUACUGUGAGCAGUUUAAGGAGCUAUGAAGUGUAUUUUCAUGAAUUUGUUUCCCAGGAAUCUUUAAUUUUGAUGAAAACAGAGGCUCAUUAGUAGAUUCGUCGUCUCUUCGUUCUGAUCUGACAUGCUGGGGUUGUGAAAGGAAGUACAGAGUUGAUUGAGGUUGACCAAACAGCACAGAAUUGCAUUAUACUUAAAUUCAUGAGUAAUUGGAUUUGUAUUGGACAUCAGUCAAAUGUGCCUUGUCCACAUGGCAUACGUGGGCUCUGUCCGCACCCGGAUCUGUCAGCUUCCCCAGUUAGUAAGUUGGGCGGGGGGGCCACAAGGCCCCCCGAUGCCCUGCAGUCACACCUUCCCCUCCUGGGGUGGUUUCUCACGGGAAUUACCCAGCAUCGCUAGUGCCCAGAAGAGCUAUGCCCAUUCCUAAAAACCUAGCCAACCUGGAAUAACUUACGGACCAGAUAAAACCUAACAGUGGAACGGUCACUAUGCUCUAACACAAUCUCGCUGUUCAGCUUGUGCUUUCUAGAGCAGAGGGCAGAGUUUCUCCCCACAUGACAGUACGUCAGCACCAUAUGGGUCUGGCAGCAGGUGUGAGACCUUUCCCUGAGUGGUUUCCAAGAGAACCGAGACUUUCUGCCUUAGAGCCUCAACUUUUUCAGUUAUUUUGAGGAAAACAUGUAUAAACACUUGAUAUACUUUUUCCCAAGCAAACCUAGUGGCUUCAGGCACACACAGGCCAUGGUGCCAGGUGCAGGUGAGAUGAAGACUAGCACCACAGGCUGUUGGGGACCCUUCGGGACCCUUUAACCCUGAAGGCCCAGUUCCUUACCUACAGAUGUAGGUUAAUGGGGGUGUUUACCUCUUUGGGCUGCUCUGAAGAUCAGAUACGUUUUAAAGGUGAGAACCUAGCACCACCAUGCUUGAGCUGUAACCGUGGCCGCUAUGGCCACUCACCAUAGUCUCGGGUCACUGGUCAGGGGGCAGCACUGCCCUCGUGGUAUGUCCUGGCCUUGGCACCUCCCCAUUCCAGUGUCUGCUGCCACAGGAUCUAUAAGUAAAUGGAUAUUUGUGUUGAUAAAAUGAUUUACUUUCUGGACCCAUGCCAUUGCUCUCCUGCUGCUCUAAUAUUUGAAUUCAGGAUGAUUCUGUAGAACUGAAACAUCCCAUAAUAUGUACUUAGAAUAUUUAGAGUUAUUUUAAAUAACCCUCAAAUCAGAAUUUGCCUAAUGAAGUCCUCUAAUAAUACUUAAAACUCUUUAUCAAAGUUGAAUCUUUCUUUUUACCCUAAGAUGUCACAAGUAGCGGGCUAUACUGGUCAAAUAAACUGGAUAUAUUUUACAUCUCUAUUUGAGAUCAGUAUACCUAUUCUCUCUUAACUUGGAUGCUGUGUGAAACUUAAGCAAACAAAAUUUGUGUUACAAAUACAUUUUUGUGUAUGUGUGUAUGUAGAGCUUUUGCACCUUCAAAUAAAGUAGGAUUACUUAAGAAAGUGAUACAGAAAGUGAGCCCCUUAACCCUUUCCUACGGUCACUUCCUCUCCGGUUCACACCCUGGGACUGGCAGAUGUAGCAACAUGGAAGGCAUUCUAUAAAAUCAUUCUCGAUCUCUCUGUGAAUAAGAAAAGGCAGUUGAAACAAAGCCGACAAGGCUGAGAAAUGUAUGGAACAGCCGUGCCUGACAGUGCUGCCCAGAAUGGCUGGAGGUUUGUAACGCUUUUCUUAGUAACAUAUAAAAAAGAAGACUGAGAAAAGUGCUGAGAAGGAUGAAGUGUUGGGUGUUAGGGUCUGCCGCGCUGUGACAGUCUAAUAAAUGGCUAAAUAGAGAGUCUUAUACCUAGGUUCAGAAAAGAUAGUUCCUAAAUGAAAAAGAAAGAAAAUGGGUGGGGCAGGAAUCAUUGAUGAUUUGAACAUAAGCCAGCUGUUUAAAAAUAAGAAUAGAGGCAGGCGCCUGGCUGGCUCAGUCGGUAGAGCUUGUGACUUGAUCUCAGGGUCGUGAGUUCAAGCCCCAUGUUGUGGGUAGAGCAUACUUUAAAAAAUAAAAAUUAAUUAAAAACAACAAAAAAAAGAAGAGUGUUUGUGUGGGGGACUGGUAGCCAGAAAAGGAAAUCUCUUCUGCUACUCUGUCCACGGGCUGCCCUUGGAUGGGCCCCAGGACCCAGUUCCGGGUGCCACCAUUGGAGAGACCUGAGCAAGCCCGAGGUAGGUGGUGGGGGCUCUGGAGGCCUGAGGCUCUGGCCUGUGGGGAUGUCUUUAGAACAUAGCAGAUGUGCAUGGCUCAGGCCGACAGUGAAUGUGGAGACAGAGUGGCCUCAUGGUAAAAUGGGUGCCCUCCCUGGUUCUGAGCAUUUAUCUCUGGACAUGCCCCUAGGAGAGUUCUUGCAGCAUGUUCGUGUCAGUGAGAGGGUUCUUGCUUUGUUGCAGGAUACUGGUCACGAUCUCCAAAGCUCCUUGCAGAUGAACAGUUGAGUAAAACAUGGGGGUGGGAGGGCUUGUACUUGCACAUUGAUUUUUAAGGAGAAGAGUCCUUGUCCCUUUCAACCUGUUCUCUCUCUCUUCCCUUCCUGCCCACCACCUAUCCACAGCCUCCUUACUGUGGCCUCUGGCCAAUAGCCAUGGCCUUCUUCAGCUGAACUUUCAGAAAUAGGCACAGUUCUAGAGAUUUGCCUAAAACCAUAUUGUCAACUAGUACAGCGAUUAUUGCUUUUUAUCUCCUUUUUGCUUGAAAUCUGUCAGUACCUCUGCAGAUUUAAGAAAGCUAAUAAGUAAAAACUGCAUCCUUUUGAGCAGGGCCUAGAGGUGGCCAAGGCCUGGGAUGCUCUCAAGGGGGCUCGUGUGCUGGGCCAGUUGGGCUGGCUUACCACCUCAGGCCCCUUCCAGCUUGAUGGAUUCUUGUCUUCCUUUGAGAAGAGUUUCCAAGGGAUCGGAUUCCGCUAGUGGCUUUACUUUCCCUCUUCUAUGAAAGCCUAAGGCAGUCUUAGUCCUGGAGGGAUGGGAGGCUGCGCCUCACUCUGCGUGUCUCUUCUGGCCCCACUGGCUUUGGCAAAGAUCUGCCCCAAAAUAGAGGAAACAGGCAUCAGCUGGGGCAUGCACUUGAGUUCUUGGGAGGGAGUCGUCUGUGCUCUCCCAUCUCUUGUGCUUUUCUCUACAUUUCUUGAGUUGUCUUCACUUACUAAUAAGCUCCAUUUGAACCGGUGUUGGCUUUCCUCCCCACAUCCCACCGUGGCUGCCCAAAGACCAGGAAACAGGCUCCUCCUCAGUUGGCAUGUCUCUCUGUACCAGGUCAGGGACUUCAGUCAUUGUGGAAGGAGUUAUUUUGGUCUUGUUUUCAAGGGUCAUCUUAUUGACACACUCUGCUUGGCCUUCCCACCCUGCCCUCUGCUCCUCAUCCCAUACCUGUCCCAGCCGAGGGUUUUAACUACUUAUAAAGUAUGUAUCCCAAAAAGAAUGGGGGGGGGGGCAAGAAAAAAUCCUUCUCUUGUUCCCCAGACCAUUAGCCUAAAAAUAUUUAUUGAAAAGGCAUUCUUCUGGGAGCUCUUGACCCAAGCUUUGUGACUAGCACUUUCCACAGCCAGCUGGCCCUGGCUGGCUGCAAGAGAGCCAGACCUGUCCCCUAGGCCCCGGGGAGCUUCCCAGAGUCCUUGCCACCCUGCUCCUCCCUGGUUAGAGCUCAGGGCCAGAGCCUCCCUCUGAGGUAUGGCCAGCUGCAGAGCUGAGGCUCCCCAAGCCGUUGGAGACUAGAACAGCCUCCCUGGGGCACAGCUCGGCCGCCUUCCACACCUGCCUGGAGGUCCUCGGGGCUCCUCUCCGAGCCAGGAGAAGGGGCUCCAGAUGCCACACGUACUACCUCAGCAGCCAGCCACAAGGCACUGUGCAGGCCCCACAUCGCCUGGCGAGGCGUGUUCAGGGGGCCCAGAUGGCUCACCUGCACCCCAGCCACCUGCACACCCACCGCAGGACCGGGCCCGUGGGCUUCGGCCCACACCGUCCUUGUGAGCGUUCGUUCGAGCGCAACAAGACCAUGGUCUCCUUCUCUAGUUAGCUCUGACUUAAAAACACAUGCCACUCAAAUGGUGAGUAGAAUCAGAAAUUAGAAUUGCUCGUUUACAAUCAGAGACCAUUUCUUCAUAUUUUUUUCAAAAGAGAUUUUGCUUCAAAAGAAACUCCGGAAAAUAAAUGUAUUACUAUUAACCUAGCAUGUGCUUAUUGAAUUUGACUCUUAGGCUUUGUAAAAAAUAAAAAUUAAAAAAAAAAAAAACUAUGUAGGAUCUGAUACAUGGGGCAAAAGGGUAUCAUCAGCUUAAAAACAAACCAAUUUCUGUGGGUUCACAGCAUCUUUUUCCCUCCGUGGGACCUCAGAAUUCAAGGUCUCCAUGAAAACAGCCAAAUUCCAUGGGGCAGGUAAUUUUAUGGUGGGAGAUAAACCAAGUGGCCUUUUAGUCGAGAAAAGCACAGGCUAUUUAGCAACACUUGCCUAAUUAAAUAAUCUGUGGCUUUUUCUGCUGAUGGGAUUCUUUUCAUUUUGACUCAUUUAUAACACAGCUUUUGUUUGGUUCCACACUCCUGUACCCCUUCGUGUCACCAGGGACACAGCGAUACUUGUUUUGUUUCGAAUCCUACCAUUCCUGAAUCGUGACAACCGCACAAAAGGAGUCAUGGCUUCGGCAGAAAUGUCGAGCACUCACAGCAGCCUACUGUGCUUUUAGCGUGACAGGCAGCCUCGGGCCAACUUCGUUUUAUUGCUGUAUGUUCCUGGGAACAGGGAUGCUUGAAUCUGUGAAUGAGAUCCAUCCAUAACUCAUUAUAAACGUGUAGAUUCAUUUGGUUUUAAUCACUGAUGCAGAUCUCCUGCUAGAAGAAAGCUAUCAAGGGAAUUCCUUAAAACAGGAAUUCACUUUGACUCUCCAAGAUUCAGGGCUGAUCUUCACAGUGGGCUCCCAUCCCACAGAAUUGCUGGUGACGGUCCUGUUGGCUGGUCGCCUGCGUAGUAGCUGGCCUAACUGGUCAAGAACUGGUUUUUAGCACACUCUUGAUUUGCCAUUUUGAUGCUUUUAAAGGAAAAUUUCAUAAAUACCAAGUUCAGAAGACACCAUAUCAGAACUCAUCUGGUAUGAAUGCGUAAUUAACAUAUUUAUGUUUUCUGACAUGGCACAUACAGAGAAUUGUUUUAGUUCAAACCCUGCAACUUUUAUAACCUGCAAAGAUUCCAAGUUGAGCAGUCUGCUCAGACGUGUGUUCAGCUGAGGUUGUAUUGUGUGUGAUAGGUAUCCUGAUCUUUCAGGAAGCACAUAUUGCUAAAAAUUAAAAAUUAGAAAAAAAAACAUUUGCAAUGAAAUACACAGAAGCUGAAUGAAAGACAUUAUAUGGACAGUUGGAAAUAUUUGAAGUACUGGGAAGCUGCAGCUUGUAGAAUUGUACUCCUCAAACUCAGUAGGACAAAUAGAGAAACUGUGCUAACUUGAUUUUGCUGAAAUGUCAUGUCUCAAACAUCCUAUGGUCCAAAUGUACUCAUUUGUUCUGUGGAGUAACUUUCUAUUCCUUUGCUGGUAUGAAAUUUAGCAAAGUGGAAGUAAUUUUGAAUUAGUGACUUUUCUUACAGAGUUGCUUUAUGGUUUACAAGUGAUACUGAUGCAAAAAGAGUUUGUUCAUUUUGUCAAAUCCAGUAGGACGCACUUUGUUCGCCUGCUUCAGUGUGUUGUGGAGUAACUGGGUCGAUCCCUCUCAACAAGCACAGGACUUGUGCUUUGGGAACAUACGGCAGUUGUGCUGUUCUCUUGUACCGAGGAUCAGUGAAAGUGUUUUAUCUUUUUUAUGUAGUUUGUAUUGACUGGAUUUUAUAACUGUAAGAAAACAGAAACAGAGUGUUGUAUUUUGAUCUGAAAUUUGUCUAUGGUAAAGUAAUUUUGUUUUAUGUAUUGGAAGUUCACUUAAAACUUGAAAUAUUUUCUAGAAGGGUACUGAACAAAAUGAAUUGUCUUUAAGCUGUUUAAUUAACCUAAUAAAACAAUUUGAUGGGGAA